AUGCCUAAUAGUGAUCCAUUACGGUUAGCUUUACAAUGGUUUCAAGCUCAGCAACAAGCUCCACUUUUCCUUCCAAUCCUUGUUUCUAUCAUUAUUUCUCUUUUCCUUUUCCGCUGGUUUACUGGUGGAGAUAAGCGUAAACUACCACCAUCUCCGCCGAAACUUCCAAUCAUCGGAAACUUUCAUCAAUUAGGAACACUUCCUCAUAGAAAUCUUCGAGAUCUUUCAAACAAGUAUGGUCCCUUGAUGAUUUUAAACUUAGGCAGCGCUAACACUCUAGUCGUUUCGUCUCCUGAAAUGGCUAAAGAAGUCACCAAGACCCAGGACAUUGUUUUUGCAAACAGACCGCCUACUAAAGGAGCUAAGAAACUUCUUUAUAACUGUACUAAUGUGGGUUUUGCACCUUAUGGUGAGUAUUGGAGAGAAGUAAGAAAAGUAUGUGUUACUGAGCUCUUAAGUGCCAAAAGAGUCCAAUCUUUCGAUGUUGCAAGGAAAGAAGAAAUCUGUUUUUUGAUCGAGAAGAUAAAGGUUUUGUCUUCUAAACCUGGCACAGUUGUUGAUCUGACCGAAUUGUUGUUGAAUCUUGCUAAUAAUCUGAUCCCAAGGGUUGCUUUCGGAAAGUCGUACGAGGAAAAAGACGGUACCAACCGGCUUGGGCAUUUGACAAGAGACGUGCUAACGCUAUUGGGAGCAUUCAGCAUUAGAGAUUUGUAUCCAGCUCUUGGUUGGAUCGACGGACUCAGCGGCCUGACAAGAAAAAUGAACAAGACGCACAGAGAAAUGGAUGCGUUCCUUGAUCAAGUUAUUGAAGAUCAUUUGAAUAACAAAUUAGGAAGUUCAAGUGAUGGUCAUGAAACCAUCAUAGACACUUUGCUUCGUGUUCAGAAAGACAAAACCCUGAGCAUCACCCUCGUCCGAGACAAUAUCAAAGCUAUCGUCAUGGACUUGUUCAUAGCUGGAACAGAUACCAUUUCAAUUGUUGUUGAGUGGGCAAUGGUGCAACUCUUAAUGAAUCCAGAGAUGAUGAAGAGAGCUCAAGAGGAGGUUCGGCAAGUAGUUGGGAAUAAAUCCAGGGUACACGAAGACGAUACUCAUCACAUGCAUUACGUAAAAUGUGUUGUCAAAGAGACUCUUAGACUACAUCCACCAGUCCCACUAUUAGUUCCGAGAGAAUCCAGUGAAGACACUAACAUUAAUGGAUUUCAUAUUCCGGCAAAAACAAGAGUAUUUGUGAACUCCUGGGCAAUUCAAAGAGACCCAAAGUCGUGGGAAAGCGCGGAAGAAUUUAUUCCGGAGAGAUUCAUUGACAAUCCUGUUGAUCAUAAAGGAUCGAAUUUUGAAUACCUGCCAUUUGGUUCUGGAAGAAGGGGUUGCCCUGGGAUUCAGUUUGGUUUAGUUGCGUCGGAAUUACUUCUUGCCAAUCUUUUGUUUUGGUUCGAUUGGGAAGUGCCGCUAGAUGGUUUAGGUAAACAAAUUCUCGACAUGGAUGAACAUUUUGGACUCAUUGUCUACAAGAAGAACCCUACUUUAAUCAUUCCAAGCUUGCACCAAAUAUGA